CUGGAAAUCACCAAACCCGGCUCCCUUGGGAGGAGGCCGGCCAGCGCGUUUGUUUAUUAUGUUUUACUAUUUUUUUAAAUUGUUGUUUCUGGUUUUAACUCCCACAAUACCUGGAUGUCUGUAAUAAGAGGCCAUCUGCACGAUCGCGUUUGAAUUUCUCAAUUUCCUCUCCCCUGGGUCUGCGCUUGGGCUAUCUUCAGCUUGUGUUUUGUUUCAUAAUCUUUUUUUGGUUUUUUGUUUUGUUUUUUUUCCCCCAGCGAGGGUUGUGAUUUGAGGUUGGUUAGGGCGAGCGGAGUCUGAAAUGUUCGACUCUGCCACCAUCGUUGCUUUCAUUUUAGAGCGGGGAUUUUCUGCACUAGAGCUAUGCUCUGUUUUCCCAAAAUAAAGGAUUUCGGUCGGAAAAGCCUAUACUUUUCCCCCUCCUGUUUUUUUCCCCUUUUUGAGGUGUCUUUAUUCUUGAUUGUGCCCUUAGGCGUGGUGAAGUGAUUUACUGUUGUACCAGCUACUUCUUCAGCUGACUGAUAGUAUUUGUAUGUAUUCAUUCACAAAGAGUUACACUGUUCCGCCCCACCUGGCCAUUGUUAGUUGAAGUAAUCUAGAAAAUGCUUUUUGUUUGCCAGCGCCGCUCUGGCUACAAAUGUAAGUUGGCCUCUUGACAGCAUAGUUAGAAUUCCUUUGCAAAACCAGGAGAUGCAGGUUCUGCACUGAGAUGGACACAUCUCAUUCUGGUUUUUCCUUUACAUCAUUUCACGUAAUUAUAAUAAUAACUUCAUGAUGUUUUAUGACUUACUGAAAAGAUGGAACAUUAAUGAUAACUCCUUAAGUAGAAUGCCAAAAAAAUACCGAUUUUUGUUUUAACUACACAAAAUUAUAAAAAGCAACCAUAUAAGAGACAAAGACCUCUCUCUUCUGUGUUUUGCAUGUUCUGAUAGGUCCUUUUUUUGAGCAUCGCUUCUGUGCUUUUCUGUCCAUCAGAAAGCAAGACUUAUCUUUGUAAGACUUAUCAGUCUUAACAUUUAGGAUAAUUUUUCUUAUUUUUCUUGCAUGCUAAAAUUCUUCCAAUUAUUCAUAAAGAUUAAUAAGUUACUUAGAAAUGCUUAGGAUGGAACUGGCUUUAUAUGAAGGGGGAAGAAUUUUAGUACAUACAAUACUUAGGAAGAUUUCUAUCCAUAGCCAUAACCUUGUGCCCAAAAGCCAAUUCCUAAAACAGAAAAAUUGAAACUUUCUGUGUUUAUUUAUUUUGAAAGAGCCAGAACAUAGGUUUUAUUUUUUUUUUUUUGGUGUCCUUUUUUUUUCCCCUGUGUGGCAUUUAAAGCAUGGUCAGUGCUUUUUAUUAAACUUUCAAUGGACAGGCUAAAACUCAUGGAGUUCUGCCAGUUUUGGAUCAAUGCAAACGAGUACACUUUGUCCCAUUGUGUCUCUCAUAUAUUCUGUUUCAGUGAUGGCCCAAUUCUCUAAAUACCACUGAUGAGUAGCAUGCAACUGUUCCUAAAGGACUGUAAUCUCAUGCUGAUACAGAUUAAUAAAUCCUUGUAUGCCCCAGACUCAGACUGGCUCCUUGUAAUUGGUGUCUGCCCAGUUUGAUUCCUUUUUGUAUCCAUUGUUGGCAGCCUUUAGAGAUUCUGUGUGGUGGAAUUUUAAAUUUGAGCAGAACCCAUUUGGUCUGGAGUAAAGUCGGUGGGGGGGGCGGGGUGUUGUUGAAUAUUAGCAUAACAACACUGGCACUAGUUGAAUAAUAAAAACUCCUGAUAAUGUACUAAAAGUACUGGCUUGGUGUGGAAUACACUAAACAUUCAGGCUUCCUAAAAUAUGAGGUCCUGUAAUGACUUUAUUCCAUUAGUGUUACUCUCGAACAAAUGCCUCAAAAUCCCAAUGCAUUGUUCCAGUUAAAUGCCACAGUAACUGAAAACCUCCCUUAAAAAUCUUCCAAAUCUGCUUUUUACAGGAUGUAGUGAAACAUACUUCUUGCCCAAUGCAGAAAGCACAGCCUUUAUACAACUUACUAUAGAAAUUUUAAAAGAUUUACAACAGUCCACUGAAGCCUAGACAUAACAUUCAGUUAAUAACUAGGGGCAAUGACAGAAUUCUGUCUGCAAGAGUAAAAAUACUGUUUCUUAGAAGUGCUUAAUUUUUACAACCCACAGAAAAAUUGAGCCCAUCUGCCUGAUGAGGGUUACUUAGAAUUAAAGGAAUUUUAUAUUAGGAUGUUCAAUUUUUUUUUCAGCUAGGUGGAAAAUCAGCUUUGUGGAAUUUCUUUUCCUGCCAUAAUUCUGCUGCACGCUUCCCAAAUAAAUAAGAACGUCUCUAUUAUGUGGCUUUAGUGGAAAACUUAUAUUGGAAAUCUGUAUUAAAUGAGUCUUGUAGACAAAGUAUUUUCCCACCUCUUUGGCUGUAUGUUGAAACCUGUUUGAAAUUGUAAUGCUGCCCUAAAAAAUACUGGGUUUGGUGAAUACACACAGAUAUCCAGCAAGGCAAAAAGUGCUUAUUGAAUUGACACUGAUUACUAAGGUGCUAUCUCAUUUUGGAUUAUAGCAUCCACACUUUGGUGCAUGUCUAUCCAACACUGGUCUCAUCCCCAAAAGCUAACAUGAUAAGAAGGAAUCAAAGGGCAUUGGCUCGGGCAUCAGCACUGGGCUUUGGCCACUGAGCUCCCUGUGAAUGUCUCAUAUUUGAUGCAUGUUCAGAGUACCUGGUAGCUACAUCAUUAUUUAUGUGUGAAACAAUGAGUUUUGUAAGAUCUGGGGAUUGUUUCCUAUUUACUCAAAACAACCACUGCAGUUAUUGAUUUUGCUCACUCGUUCAUGUAUUAAUGGAUUGGUGUCCCUGUGGUAAGUGUAGCUUGAAAGAACCUGGUUGGUUGGUUGGUUGGUUGUUUUUUCUUUCAGUUUUCUUGUAUUUGUAUGGUCCAAUGAAUAAAAAAUAGUGUCCAGAGUAUGCUUUUGACUUUGACUUCAUUCCUCAUGUUCUUUCUACUCAGUUUUCAGUUAUGGUCCAAGGUUGUAUGCAUUAAAGUUGAUGGGAAACAAAUCAAAGAUUUGGCUUUUUGAAGUUUUUAUCGAGGCUUGGUCAAAGUUAUUGCCUUUACUUAGAAAACUUAUGAUACACUAAAUCUUGAGUAUCUUAUACAGAGUGUCAUUAUUUUUUUGGGGAGAGCCUGCACUUACAGGUGGCAUAAACCAUUUUUGGGAAAUCAGCAAGGAGUUAUAAACCCAUCCUCUAUCCAGGAAUUACAUUAAGGAACGUUUCUUGGGAAAUCACAGGUCCUUGAGCAAAGUGCAGUGCCCAUGUCUGGUGCUCUGCAGUUUGUGUGAGCUGGAGCUGACAGCUGUACAUGUGUGACUUGGUCAGAGGAAUCAGUGGUGCUCUCAGAUGUGCUGAGCCACUAUUGUGUAAAUCCUGUUACAGCUCAGGAUGGAAGUGUCAGGGUAGCAGCUACUGAUCCUGGUGUUGCUUCCUCCCCAUCUCUGGGGAUGCCAUAUUUGGAUGUAUGGAUCCCUUUUAUGCUGUGUCCUGUUCUCUCCUAACUUGUAAACCAGCAAGGCAGAGAAUGUAAAGGGAUUAUUACCCUAUGUUUUUUACAUGGUAGCCAAAUCCUCUAAAUAUACAGAUUGAUUUUCAUCAAGUCCUGAGUAACUGAUAAAAGAAUGACCCAGCUUUGUUGUGCCUGUACUCAAUUUUCAUCAGUCUUCAAAAAAAAAAAGGAAUGGUCUGCUUUCUCUUUUGCUGUGGAUGGUGCUGUUCAGAACAGCUGUAGGUGAAAUAAAUGACUGUUCUAAUGUGUCUUAUAAAUCUCAUGUCUUUCAGGCCUCUAAAAUGGUGACAAGAAAAAUGGGUGCUUUCAACUGAUUGUAGAAAAAUAAAUGUUGUGACAACUAGUUGACAUAAAAUUAAGGAAGAAUCCUCCACUUCAUUUCCAGUAACUUGAGGGAUUUUUACUACAGCAGUCUCUGUAGUAAAACUUACUCAGAAAGUACAUAUGAACAUGAAAAAGAGAAUCUGUUUAUUUUGGCCCAGUUUGUUCACUCCCCAAAAGCUAAAUUAAUAACUUAAAACUGGGUUGAAAAAGUUGCAGUCUACUAAUUUAGCUGUAACACUUUGGAUGUCUUUCUUCGUGUUUUAGCAUUGAGGAUGCCUCAUUGGGUUUCUAAAAUCAGUAUUACAGCCAUGCAGCAAACAGCAGCUUCUAGUGAAGGAUAGAGCACAGGCUGGAAAACUCAGCAGCAGAUGAAUCCCAGGGAAGUUACUCACUCCUACGCUUGCAUGUGGCAAGGAACUGCUGCUGAUGGUAGAUGUGAAAGUUUGAGUAUGAGCACAGUUGAAGAAGAGUCUGACACAGUGACAGUAGAAACCGUGAACUCUGUGACUUUGACUCAGGAUACUGAAGGGAACCUAAUUCUUCAUUGCCCUCAAAAUGCUGAUGAAGUAGACUCUGAAGACAGCUCUGAACCUCCACACAAGAGGCUUUGCUUAUCAGAGGAUGAUCAAAGCCUUGAUGAUUCUACUCCGUGCAUUUCUGUUGUUGCAGUUCCAAUUUCAGAAAAUGAUCAGAGCUUUGAGGUGACCAUGACUGCUACCACUGAGGUAGCUGAAGAUGAGAUUAAUGAAGGAACUGUUACCCAGAUUCAGAUUCUUCAGAAUGAGCAGUUGGAUGAAAUCUCCCCAAUGGGCAAUGAAGAAGUAUCAGCUGUUAGUCAAGCCUGGUUCACAACCAAAGAGGAUAAGGAUUCUCUAACCAAUAAAGGCCAUAAGUGGAAGCAAGGGAUGUGGUCGAAGGAAGAAAUUGACAUUUUGAUGAGUAACAUUGAGCGUUAUUUAAAGGCCCGUGGAAUAAAAGAUGCCACUGAAAUUAUAUUUGAAAUGUCAAAAGAUGAAAGAAAAGAUUUCUACAGGACAAUAGCUUGGGGUCUGAAUCGGCCUCUCUUUGCUGUCUAUAGAAGAGUUCUUCGCAUGUAUGAUGACAGAAACCAUGUUGGAAAGUAUACUCCUGAGGAAAUUGAAAAGCUUAAAGAGCUGAGAGUGAAGCAUGGUAAUGAUUGGGCCACAAUAGGAGCUGCCCUGGGGAGAAGUGCUUCAUCUGUAAAGGAUCGAUGUAGGCUGAUGAAGGAUACCUGCAACACAGGAAAGUGGACAGAGAAAGAAGAAAAAAGACUGGCAGAAGUAGUGCAUGAGCUGACAAGCACAGAGCCAGGUGACAUUGUCACCCAAGGUGUGUCGUGGGCUGCUGUGGCAGAACGGGUCGGGACGCGCUCGGAGAAGCAGUGCCGCUCCAAAUGGCUCAACUAUCUCAACUGGAAACAAAGUGGGGGCACCGAGUGGACCAAGGAGGAUGAAAUAAACCUGAUCUUGAGGAUAGCGGAACUUGAAGUUUCUGAUGAAAAUGACAUCAACUGGGAUUUACUGGCUGAAGGAUGGAGCAGUGUCCGCUCCCCACAGUGGCUUCGGAGUAAAUGGUGGACUAUUAAAAGACAGAUUGCAAACCACAAGGAUGUUUCAUUCCCUGUGCUGAUAAAGGGUCUUAAACAGCUCCAUGAGAACCAGAAAAACAAUCCAGGGCACCAGCUUCCAGAGAACAAAUGUGGCAGUGGCUUAGCAAACACUAACUCCAGCUCGGGGGUGCAGCACGUGCAGAUCCGGGUGGCUCGCUUGGAGGAGAGCACAGGCAGUGCCCCCAGCCCCAUGGCAGCUCUGCAGAUCCCAGUGCAGAUCACCCAUGUCUCCUCCACCGAAUCCCCUGCUGCUGCUGUUGACUCUGAGACAAUAACACUGAACAGUGGAACACUACAGACCUUUGAGAUUCUUCCAUCUUUCCACCUGCAGCCAACUGGGACACCAGGUACCUACUUACUGCAGACAAGCUCGAGCCAAGGCCUCCCUUUGACGCUGACCACGAGUCCCACCAUGACCCUGGCGGCCGCGGCUGCUCCAGCCUCCCCGGAGCAGAUCAUCGUGCACGCCUUAUCUCCAGAGCAUUUGUUAAACACAAGUGACAACGUCACAGUGCAGUGCCACACGCCGAGUGUCAUAAUCCGCACCGUUGCUGCUGAAGACAUCUCCUCCUCUGUCACCCAGACAGAACUGACUGUGGAUUCAGACAUUCAGUCAGCUGACCUGACAGAUCCUCCAGACACCCUAGGAGCAAAUACUUUCCCACAUGAUAUCCAUCAGUCCAAGCUGAGUGACGAAGAGCAGUCAGCCUACAAUGAAGAUGAUGCUUCCAAAUUUAGCAGCAGGAAUAGUAGAGAACUGAUGGAUGGAGUUAUGGUAAGAACAGAGGAGGAGAUUGCUGAUGCUAGCCUGAAACAGAAUGAGGAUUCUCAAUCUGAUUUACCCAGCACUUACGUUACUGAGGACCUGGGUUCCCCAACAAUAGAAGAACAAGUUGAUCAGCCUACAAUAGACGAUGAGACUGUGCUUAUUGUUCCUUCUUCCCAUGGUUUUAUCCAGGCAACAGAUGAUAUAGAUAGUGAAUCAGUCUUGCCCUUGACAACUCUUACAGAUCCUAUCCUACAACAUCAUGGAGAUGGGUCACACAUUAUUGGCUCAUCGCUGGGCAGUCCUGACUCAGAAGAUUCAAAGGAUGUUGAGGAUUUAGUGAGCUGUCACUGAGAAGCAGCAAUGGUGUCCAUUUUCUAUUGACCAUGUUUGCAUUGUGAAAUUAGUUACAACCCUGUGCCACAUUUCCAAAGAAAGCAGUCACAGUCUGUCUGUUUGAACAGAAGCUUCCAGUGUGAGAUGACUGCAGUGCACUUUCUCUGCUUAGUGUUUCUCUCACCCAGGAGGGAGGACUGAGCUGCCAGCCAAGGCCUGAGGUGCCACAUCUCACUGGGGUGUUGCAGUGUUCUGAAGAGCUUCUGUUGCAGUGCUCACAGUGCUUGGAUCCAUCCAGUCAGUUCUCGUCUGACUUGCUGCUGAUGUGCUGAGCUGCACACAUGGAAAGCUGGACAGAAGUCAAAGAUUGUGGACUGUAGCCUCUUAGUGCCGCAGCAAGUGUAAGUUUGCACAGGUUUCAUGAAGAAUGGGUGAGGAUUUUUGCACUUACUGACUCUUGUAAUACAUGGAGAAGGAGACUGUUACAUUUCAGGAGGAGUGAGUUCCAUCAAAGACUUCAGGGAGCAUGGGCAGCAUCGUGAAGCAGUGGUGUGUAUUCCCAUCUCACCUGACUUGUUGGUAUGUCUGUGGCAUAGGAAGAAGGCAGAAGCUUUUGGGACUUGCCUGUUCCUGAGGAGUCCAUUGCUGGCAAUGGACAGAGCUCUGACAGAUCACUUGUGGAAAAUCUUUUCUUGAUUUUUUUUUUUUUUCCCUCUCAUCACUACAGCAAGCUGAAUAAAAAGGGAAGGGCUAUGAGAAAGGGAAGCUACUGGGACCCACCAGCCUGCCCCGGCAAGCUUGGAAUUUCUUGGAGGUUGUUGUGAGUAGGCUGGAACUUUUGUCUCUGUCACUGUUUACCUAACACUACCAGCCACCUUUCCAGAUGCGAUUUCUGCAGCAAGUUAGUAAAUGAGGAGUGGUGUGAAGGUGGCAAAGUCUUGGAGGAGUAGCUCUGUGAGAGUCUGGAUAUAGGGCCCCGAGGCAAAGGAGGCCAAUUAAUUCCUGCAUUGUUUGAAACAGACACUAGGCUGAACAGCAGCCUGUUAGCUAGGAAUCAAGAGAAAAAGCUAUAGAAACUAAAGACUUGUAUAAAUUAUUUUAUUUAUUUCUGUAAUUAGCUCUUCAUAAUCAAGAGUUGGUCUUUUUCAGUCUGUGGUUUUGUUAAUGUGAAAAAUAAGUUGUAGUUUUAAAUGGUUGCCUAGGGAACAGAAAUAAUUGUAUAUUCAGUUUCAACAAAAUAAAGAGUAUUUGUCUUA